UCCAGCAGAUGGUGGGUGUAGAGUAGAAGAGCCUGACACCAAAAAAAGCAACAUCUAAAAAAACAACUUUUCUCCAUUUUUACUUCUUCCCUCCACCGAGGCAUCCUCACCAUGCCCUCCAACUUCCUCACGCCCUUCCUGGAGCUGGACGACGAGUUCUGCAAGAGCUUCCGCAGUUUGGACAUGGCAGACGUUGCGCCCCCUGCUGAUCAGAAGCAGCGAGUGGCAGGAUUCCAGCGCAGGCAUUCCUUGUGUCCGGUCACCCUGCCGAAUUCGAAGUUCAACUGUGGCAGCUCGGAGCCGGCAGCCGACUCCUGCCUCUGGCCGAUGGGCGGCAUCAUCGGGCAGCAGCUGCCUCGCUCGUCGCUCAACCACAUCCCGUUCAGAGUGGACCGUUCCAUUAGCAUGAUCGAGGGACACGUGAGUGGCAGCUUGGGAGUCAGUGGCGGCAGUUUGGGAGUCGGUGGCAGCAGCUUGGGAGUCGGUGGCAGCGAUUCGCCACUUAAGUCGCUGCCCCCUCCACCCGGCUUGAGCCUCAGCCUCAGCAACAGCUCCCUGUCCUCUGUCAAAAGUCUUGCGGCGUCCCCGCCGGUGUCCACCCGCUACAAGACCGAGCUUUGCCGUACCUACGAAGAAAGCGGCACCUGCAAGUACGGCGCCAAGUGCCAGUUCGCCCACGGAAUGGACGAACUGCGGGGUCUUAACCGGCACCCCAAGUACAAAACCGAGCCCUGCCGCACUUUCCACACCAUCGGCUUCUGCCCGUACGGCGCUCGCUGCCACUUCAUCCACAACGCCGACGAGCAAGAGAGCCAGCAAGACGGCGGUCGCCAACUAAAGCCGAGAGAUCGUCCACAGCUUCUUCGCCAGAGCGUCAGCUUCGCCGGCUUCUCGUCUCAAGCCAUGACCGGCUUCCAGUCCCUUCCAGACCCUCUAGCCUUCACCAGAGCUGCCUCCGUCUCCCCGCCACCCUCUACCGGCAGUCCUGACCUUCUGUCACCAAUGUUUCCAGAACCUGCCACUCUGAAGAACGGCUACCGCUUCUCGGCUACCGGUACUCCUGAUUUGGGCGGCGAAGGCCUUCGAUUCUUCUCCAUUGGUGACCCCAAGGGACAAUCGAGCGAAUCCUCAAGUCCUCAAGACUUCCAGAGCUGCCACAACCACCACAACAACCACCACAACAACCACAACAACCAACAUCACAACAACCACCACAGCCGCAGCUUCACCUUCACCGGUUUUGGUGCUCUGCAGCGCACGGGAUCGGCAGAUUCCCUCUCCGAUCAGGAAGGAUACUCCAGUUCCACUUCCACUUCCAGUUCCAGCUCCACUUCCGGCGCUGGCUCCGGCAGCCUGAGCGGCAGCGAAUCGCCCACCAUGGAGGGCCGUCGCCUGCCAAUCUUCAGCCGCCUGUCUGUCUCAGACGAUUAGAUUAGAUUCAAUUAGAUUAGAGACGUCUCGAACUUUUUGGACGAAGCGUAUCCGAAGUGCAUAUUGCAUAUCCACAAACCAAAGCAGACGCUGUGUUUGCUUUCGACUCGUAUUACGUAUUAUUUUGUAUUACUUAUAAGUUAUAUAUAUGGACGAACUGUGAGCUAUGAACUCUGAACUCUCUGAACUUUCAACUUUGGUUGUUUUUCCUUGUUUUUCUAUUAUUAUAAUUAUUAUUUUAUUAUUUUAUUAUUAACGUUAUGUUAUUGCUUUUGUUUUUUAAAUGCAUUUGGUACAAUACAAUGUGAUGUAAUGGAAAAUGAAAUGCAAUGUAUACUGUUGUAUACCGGUUUUGUUGUAAGCUGUACUGGGUACUCCACAUCUUCUAGAUUUUUCUAGAUUCUACUUUUUGAUUUUCUUGUUUUUAUUUUUGGGUGGGAUGCAAAGGAAAAAGUUCUAUGUCAGAACCCUCUUUCCGUACCCGUCCGAUAUUGAAGAUAUUUAAAGAAUUAACCCCUUGUAUAAUUCUUAGUCUUGUAAAAGUAUUUUUUAGCCACUAACAGCCUUUUUUUAACAGCCUGUUUUAUGAUGCAAUGAUGUUCAGUGGCACCUGUGGCUAUAUCAUGCAGCACCUGUACCUCCUGUAUCUGUAUUCUAACCAAAGCAAAGUUAGUUUUUAUUUUUAUUUUUUGGGAUGUUUUUAACUCUGUAGUGUCUAUAGUUCUUUAUAGAACUUUAACCCCCUUUUAUUCUCCAUUAACCCCCCCCCCCCCUCAUUACUGCCCGAGCAUACUGUAAAAAAAAAGAA